AUGAGAUCAUGGGCAUCCGGCGCAUCUAUCUUCACGCAGCCAGAAGAAAGAAUGGGCAUCAAGAAGCUCGCCGUCUUCUCCAUAGCCGUUUCGGUUCUCGUAUAUCUCCUAUUGGUCAUCCCCUCGCUCACAGCCAGAUCCCCCCCCUCCACCGUUCUGCGCCCGGCCAAGGAAAGGCCGUACCCAGUCAGCUUCGCCUACCUCAUAUCGCUCUCCAAGGGCGAUGUCGACCAAGUGAAGAGAAUGCUCGGCGCGCUGUACCAUCCGGGGAAUCACUACCUCCUCCAUCUCGAUUCGGAGGCGUCGGAAGCCGAACACGCGGAACUGGUCACCUUCGUCUCCGUUCACCCCGUCUUCCGAGAAGUGGGCAACAUCUGGAUCGUCCAGAAGUCGAACCUGGUCACCUACAGAGGCCCCACGAUGCUGGCGAACACCCUCCACGCCAUGGCGAUGCUCCUCAAGGCCUGCGAGUGGGAGUGGUUUGUGAAUCUGAGUGCCGCAGACUACCCUCUGAUCACGCAAGACGGUAAGGCCAAGUAGAAGAUUGGGCUAGGAAGAAGACGGUAAUAGUUGGGAAUCGAGCUCCUUUUUGACUCCCCUUUUCAGAUCUGAUCUACGCUUUCUCCGAAUUGCCGAGAGGUCUCAACUUCAUACAACACAGCAGCCAGCUGGGUUGGAAGCGGUAGGAGAUUGACCUCUAGCGAUACGAUAUCUAUUCCUCGUUUUUCUGGAAGAAAUAAAUACUCAAAUUACGGAUUUAGCAGGAAUAAGAGGGGUAAACCAAUCAUCAUGGACCCUGGCCUCUACAGCCGGAACAAAUCGGAGAUCAUAUGGCUGCCAAAGCAGAGGAGCCAGCCAACAGCGUUCAAGCUCUUCACAGGUCACGGCCGCAUUUCCUCUCUCUUCCUGUUGAUGCCCAUAUAGAUCUAUCCACUCGAACAAGAAGCCUGAUUUGGGCCGAACCCUUGCAUCUGCAGGCUCUGCUUGGACGGUGGUGUCGAGGGCCUUCGCAGAAUACUGCAUAAUAGGUUGGGACAACCUGCCGAGGACCCUCCUACUGUACUACACCAACUUCAUCUCCUCGCCGGAGGGUUACUUCCAGACCGUGGCCUGCAACUCCAUGCAGUUCAGGAACAGCACGGUGAACCACGACCUCCACUACAUCACCUGGGACAACCCGCCGAAGCAGCAUCCGCAGAUGCUGGGGAUGAAGGACUUCCGGCGGAUGAUCAUCAGCAGCGCUCCAUUCGCGAGGAAGUUCAGGAAAGACGACCCGGUUCUGGGUAGGAUCGACAGGGAGAUCCUCAAGAGGAGCUCAGAGAGCUUCGCCUACGGCGGCUGGUGCGCCGGCAGUGGAGGAGGCGCUUGCUUCGGCGAUGAUUGGAGGAAGAACGUCGGAGUUAUGAAACCAGGGCCGGGUGGGAGGAGGUUGAAAGCUCUGCUGGGGAGAAUAACUUCAGUCGGUAGCCUGAGGUCGCGGCAGUGCAGGUAA